AUGUCACAGCCUCUUUGUACUUUCCUCUUCAUCAUAGUCCUCUUCGUCGCCACUUUCUACACUCUCCACCACCCACACACAACUCCUCCUCUCCUCUUCUCACAAAACUCCCUCACUCUCCACCGCCUCUUCCUCUCCUCCGCCUCCAACGCCACAAUCUCCUCCUACCUCCGCGCUCUAACCCGUCACCCUCACCUCGCCGGAACAAAACCCUCUUCAGACACUCUCCACUACGUCCUAAACCACUUCCAAAACCUCGGACUCAACACGCACCUCACAGAAUACGAACCUCUCCUCUCUUAUCCUACGCACAUCUCCCUCACCGCGCGUUUUAGCAACAACAACACAAAAACACUAAAGUUCGACUUAAACGACGACGUUUUCUCCUCUCCCUCCUCUCACGUCGUUACGCCUUACCACGCUUACUCCCCGUCUGGUUCAGCGCACGGUAACGUCGUUUUCGUGAACCACGGAGAGGAGAGAGACUACCGUGCGCUUGAGUUAAUCGGAGUUAACGUUAGAAACUGUGUGGUGUUAGCGAGGAAAGGAGAGUCUUUAGGGAGAGGAGAGAUAGUGAAGUUAGCUGAGAGUAAAGGUGCGCUGGGUGUGCUAAUAUACGCGGAGAAUGAUGGUGGUGGGGUCGGGGGGAUUGAGAGAGGUACGGUUAUGAGAGGGAUAGGAGAUCCGACAACUCCGGGUUGGCCCGGAGUUGUCGGAGGAGAGAAGCUGAGGUUAGAAGAUGAUCGUGUUGCGAAGAGGUUCCCGAAGAUUCCUUCUUUGCCUUUGUCUCUACGCAAUGCAGAGGUGAUUUUGGCUUCUCUUGGGGGAGUUAGAGCUCCGGUUGAGUGGAGGAACUCGGGUCGGGUCGGGUUGGGACAACGGGUUGGCCCGGGAGAGACGGUUGUUAACAUGACGUUACAGGGGGAAUUGACAAUGAAGAAAGUUCACAAUGUUGUGGUUACUAUAAGAGGAAGUGAAGAGCCUGAUCGUUACGUGAUUCUUGGGAACCAUAGAGACGCAUGGACUUAUGGAGCAGUUGAUCCAAACAGUGGAACAUCAGCUUUACUCGACAUUGGUCGAAGAUUCUCUCUGUUGCUUAAAUCUGGUUGGAAGCCACGUAGGACCAUUCUUCUUUGUAGUUGGGAUGCUGAAGAGUUCGGAAUGAUUGGAUCAACUGAAUGGGUUGAAGAUAAUCUUCUAAACUUAGGUGCAAGUGCUGUGGCUUAUCUUAAUGUAGAUUGUGCAGUCCAAGGCUCUGGAUUCUUUGCUGGUGCAACUCCUCAGUUAGAUGGUCUUAUUUUAGAUGUAUUGAAGUUGGUUCAAGAUCCUGAUGAUGUAGCCUUGACAGUUGAAGAAACAUUCAAGUCUCAGAAUAAUAUUAUAGAGAGGCUAAGUAGAGUAGAUUCUGAUUUCUCCGGGUUUCUUCAUCAUGCUGGGAUACCGUCUCUAGACAUGUAUUAUGGUGCAGAUUAUCCUGUCUAUCACACUGCUUUUGACUCUUAUGAGUGGAUGGUUCGCAAUGCAGAUCCUUUGUUUCAUCGACAUGUUGCCAUGGCUGGAAUAUGGGGACUUUUGGGAAUCAUAUUGGCUGAUGAGCCAGUCUUACCAUUCGAUUACAUCUCUUAUGCUGAACAGUUGCAGGCACAUAGAGAUGCAUUGAGCAAGCUCUUACAAGGGAAAGCCUCUAUUGAUCCCUUGAACAUGGCAAUACAAGAGUUCUCUUUAGUUGCUAAAGAAGCAAAAGAAGAAGCAACGAAGUUGAAGGAGCAAGCAUACAAUAAAAAUGAUGUUGUAGCAGCUGCCAAGAGAAGAGAGCUAAAUAAUAGGAUGAUGCUUGCAGAAAGAGGGUUUUUGGAUUCAGAAGGGAUCAAAGGGAAAGAAUGGUUCAAGCAUCUUGUGUAUGGACCUGCAGCUGAACCAGAGAGCAAGCUAGGUUUUUUCCCGGGAAUAGCAGAUGCAAUUGCAACAAACUCAUCAAAGGGAAUAGUCCAGCAUGAGAUAUGGAGAGUGGCGAGAGCUAUUCAGAGAGCAUGCAAAGCUCUUAAAGGAGGGUUUACAUGA